AUGGCGAGUGCUGAGAAUCGCUGCCUGCAUGUGACGGGGCUGAGUCCGCUCGUGGAUGAAACGCUUCUAAGCAGCAUCUUUGGAGCCUUCGGCCAGUUGACGUCAUGCAGAAUCAUUCCAGAUGCAAACGGAAUUCAUGGUUACUGCGACUUUGCAGACUUCUCAAGUGCAAGUGUAGCACUGGCCUCCUUGAAUGGUCGGGAAGUUUUGGGUUCUCCGUUAAACGUCUCCUGGCACUUGCAACAAGCAGGACCGAAGGAGGAUACAAGCAAUCACAUCACAGUCUUCGUUGGGAACAUAGGAGACAUCAUCGACGAAUACAUGCUCUUCGAAUCGUUCGCACACUUCAAUUGCUCGGAUUCCAGGAUCAUCCGGGGAGACGAUGGCAAGUGUCUGGGGUAUGGAUUUGUGACCAUCCGGACGCAGGUGACCGAAUUUGGUUUGCUAUUGCAAAGGUUUGAUAGAAGUGCCGGUACAGGAGGAUGCAAACGCCGCUGUUGCUGCCAUGGAUGGCGGUCGGUUGAUGGGGAGGCCCUUGCGGAUGUGAAUGCAGCAGCAAACAGACCACCCGAUCCUCCUCCGUCCACUGACGCUCAGACUGUGGCGAAGCAGGCUUCAGAGUCGAACACGACAGUACAUGUGGGAAAUCUUGUGGGCACUGAGAGUGAAGAAGCUCUCAAAAAGGCUUUUGCGAAGCACGGAGAGAUUGACAACGUGCGGGUGCCUGGCAAGAACUUCGCCUUCGUGACGUAUACUACGCACAAAGCGGCGGCUGCAGCUAUUGCUGCAUUGAAUGGGACAAAACCUCCUGGUCUUACAAGACCACUCAAGUGCACGUGGGCAGCCGAGAAGAAAACUCAAACCACAACGGCAACGACCUCUGUAGCUACACCUGCGAAUGCAAGCAUGCCUUAUCCCCCUACAGAUCCCUCCGGACACAUGGUCAACCCCAAUGCGGCAAUCCAUGCUUACGAUGGCCAUUCCCCGGCAUCUAUUCAUCAUGAGGCGGGGUAUCCCGCUUUGAAUGGCUCCGUCUUGAACUCCGGAUAUAGUGCACACGGACAGGAUGGUAUGAGCAUGCACUAUAGCAUGCCAGCCAAUGGCAUGAUGGGAGCUGAAUCAGAUGGAAUGGCAUCGAACAUGGGGAUGGUGGGGCAGCCGGGGAUGAUUGGACCAGCUCCCGGGGGUAUGAUGGGACCAGGAACUGGCGACAAGAAGGCACAGGGCAUGGGGUUGAGUGGAAGCUCAACAGCAGACAUGGGAGGAAAGAUGGAGAUGAGACGUGACUUCGGUGCUCGCAAUCACCCGUACAAUCGAUAA